GAGAGAGAGAGGGAGAGAGAGAGGUAUAAAAGGAAUGAGAAGCACAGGGAAGUUCCAAAGGAAGCAGAAGCAGGCAGGUCAUUUGUUCAUGCCACUAAUGUGAUCCGGCCUGCCGCUCACUGAACUCCAGCACACUGAGGAGCACCAUGCUUUGCCAGGAAAGGACGAUCCUCUACCUCAGCUGGGGUUUCAUCAUCGGGGGGUUCUUCUACCUCCUACGCCAGAUGACCACACAUACCCCGUAUGGCCGCUACGUGGAGCCCCACAGCUCCGGGGUGAUGGUCCCAGCCAAAGCAGCCUGGCUGAUCCAGGAGCUGCCCUCGUUUCUGGUUCCCACGCUUCUGCUGCUGACCACUGAAAGCUCAUCUGGCCUGGGGAGAGGCCUUCUGCUCAGCACCUUCAUUCUGCACUACUUCCAAAGGACGUUUAUCUAUGCCUUGCUGACCAAAGGACGGCCUUCUCCUCUCCACAUCGUGGUGUCGGCCGUGGUGUUUUGCUCCAUAAAUGGUUUCCUGCAGGGCCAUAACAUGCUGCACUGUGUACAGUAUGAAGCGGACUGGCUGACGGAUAUACGAUUUAUAGCAGGUCUGUUGCUGUUUUUUUCAGGAAUGGCCAUCAACAUCCACAGUGACCACAUUCUGCGGAACCUCAGAAAGCCUGGAGAGGUCGUCUACAAAAUCCCUAAAGGGGGGAUGUUUGAGUUGGUGUCUGGUGCCAAUUUCUUCGGGGAGAUUUUGGAGUGGUGUGGCUACGCUAUGGCCUCAUGGUCUCUGCCUGCUUUCACCUUCGCUUUCUUCACCAUGUGCUCCAUAGGACCCAGAGCCUACCACCACCACAGGUACUACCUUGAGAAGUUUGAAGAUUACCCCAAAUCGAGGAAGGCGGUGAUACCCUUUAUACUCUAGCAGCUGAGCACAGAGGUGGAAACACCUUUCUGAAAGCAACCUGAGCCACCAUUAUAGCCUUGCCCACUAUCAACUACAGCACAGGUUCCCAGUCCUGGUCCUGCACUGCUGUAUACGCACUUCAACUCAGGAUGGGCUUGUUCUCUGGCAUGCUGGGAGCAGGGAAAAGACCAAACUGUGCAGGUCAGCCGUUCUCCAGGACCAGGUUUGGAAACCACUGAACUACAAGAAAAGACUGAUAUCUGCACUGUUAUUUGUCACCACUAGGGGGCGACACUAAAUUUAUAUUCCAGCUGUACACACUGCAGCUUGUUUUUUUAUUAAUGGAAUGCUUGUUUUUCAAAAUAAAUCAU